AAUGCGCUGUACAACACUUGUGUGACUACGUGUGUGUGUGUAUCAACAAAUAUAAACAAAAUUUGUAAGAAAUUGGAAAAAAAUUGGAAAUAAAAGCAAUAAACAGUGCAGAUAUCAAAUCUCAUCAUGAACGCCUAUUACACUGUGUACUCGGGUGACAAUUUUGACGACGAAUCCAUUGGCGAUGAGCGCAGUGAAGAAGAUACGGACGAUGCAAGCGAAACAGAGUUCCGCAGCCCAAAUCGUUAUGGCAAUACAAAUGGCACCUCAUCGAACAGCAACAACAACAACAGCAGUGGGAACAACAAUAGUAACAACAACAGCAUUGGCAGCAACAGCGAACUCAAAGAACAAAUGUAUCAACACAAACUCAUCAAUUUGCAAAAGCAGCUGGACGAGCUCAACCAAUUAAUGCAUCCAGAGUACAUGAAGCGUGUUCGCAAACUGGACAAUCAACUGAAGGAGCGACGCCGCCUCAACGAGAUCUACAAGGACUAUAUGCGCGAGUGUGUGGAACGUGAUUAUAUACUCGAGAAGAAAGCCGCCCAAAAAGAGUACGAUGAGAAAAUGAUGGAUUUGAAAGACAAUUUGAUAGCCGACUUUGAAGAUCGCAAGCGACAAAUUGAAAAUGAACGCUAUAGUUUGGAGCUGACAAACGAUUCGAUGGAAAUUAAGACGACAGUGACGCGUAAAUUGCGUCGACGGCCCAACGAACCGUUGCCGGUGAUUGAGAAGCGUCGCAAACCAGCGACGGGACAAUUGUUGAUCUAUCAACUGGAUGAUAAGGAAAUAGAAUCGGAUCUCAAGAUGAUACAACGUGGCAAACCUUUGCCUCUACAACAGAACGGCAUGGGCUCGUAUUCCAACUCGCAACAGCAACAACAGCAGCAGCAACACAAUCUGCUCGCCGAGGCCAAUAGCUAUGUGGAGACGCGCAUCGAAGACAAUAAGUUGUUGUAUGAGCGUCGAUGGUUCUGUCGCGGUCAGCAGAUCUACGUGGAGGGCAAGGAUAUGAACAAGUUUCCGGCCACCAUCACAGCGAUUGGCAAUGAAGUUAUCUGGGUGAAACGUUCCAACGAAAGCAAAUUCAAGAUCAACAUGUCGCACUUGGCCAAGGGCAAAAUAUCCAUAAAACGACGAUAGUUUCUUCAUUUUCAUUACAAUUACAAUUAAGUGUACAUUUUAUUAAGAGAAAAAAGAUGAAAACAAAGCAAAUAUUUCACAAAACAAAUACAAAUUGUAAAUAAUUGUAA